AUGCGUUUAGGGGCGUGUUUAAACCAAACGAACAUUUACCGGAAUAUAUUGCGAAUAGCAGACUUUUUGGAAGUUGAUUACGACGAAACUUUUCUACGAAAUGUAGAAAGUACUGUGACAUUUGAAAACCUGAAGAAGGAACAUGAAACACGUGCUGGUGAAACCACAACUUGGAAUCACCAUGGAGAUAAUGGGCGGAUGCCAAUUUAUAGGAAAGGGAUUGUUGGUGAUUGGAAGAAUGUCUUCACUGUGUCACAGAAUGAAGUAUUUGACGCUGUCUACAAAUCGAAGAUGAGUGACAUGGGAGUCGAUCUUGAUCUUGUCUACGAGUGA